AUGACUCACCUUCUAAGAGCCAUUGAGGAUUUGGAAAUGAGACAUAUGGAGGGACAAGAGCAAAUACUUAACCUUCAGUCCAACUGGAUGAGACAACAAGAAGAAUGGCAGAAACAGCACAUGGAGCAGCAACAGGAGCAAUACUCUCAACUCACUCAAGCCAUCCACCAAGUUACAGGGAGGCAGGAGCAUCAAGAUAAACGCCUUCAAGAGCACAACCAGCGGCAACUAGCUCAGAGGAAAUCAUUCAAUGAGUUCAAUGUGCUGAAUGAAGGAAGGCAGCUACAUAGAGAGGAGUUCAACGUAAACACUCAGGCUAGGUUAAACUACAUGUCCGGUAAUAUGCAUCAUCUACAUUAUGCCAUUCCCACAUACGAUGAGGUCCAAAAAGAGUUUGUUGAACAAGAAGAAGGGAAGGUGAAACAGCAGAAGGACACACUAAAGAAGAAGAUGGAAGAUGAUGGCUUCUGGAAGAAAUUGCUUGGGAAAGGCAAAGGAAGUGGGAGCACAAGCACUCAAGAAAAGCACCAAGAGGACAGGCAAGAAGGAGAGCAUGGGCAACCACAUGAGUAA